UAUCGCGAGAGCAAGUUGAGCGAGAUUUCCGGUUUGAGCAGAGUAACGAGAAGUGAAGACUAGCCGAGGAAAAGGUUUAUCGUACAUGUGGUAGGGGGCUUUUAAAGACCGCAUAAGUACACUCUGUCAGUUGUUCGUUUUUCUCAGAGGUAGAGGUGGAGUAAACUAAAGCUCAGUCGCGUGUAUUAUAUUCAGGGGGUUUAAUUUCAAGUGUCCUACACUUCUACAGAAGCAGAACUGCAAAGGAAAAUUUAACAAUGGCAGAUAAUGAAAACACAAGUCCGCCUAAUCAAGGUGCUGUGCAAUAUAUGUUGAACAACAAAUUGGAGACGGCUAUGUGGCUCUCGCGCUUGUUCACAGUCUACUGUUCUGUUUUAUUCAUCCUACCACUCUUAGGACUGCACGAGGCUGCGAAUUUUUAUCAGCGCGCCUUACUGGCCAAUGCUCUGACCAGCGCUCUUCGGUUGCACCAUCGGCUUCCUCGUUUCCAGCUGAGCAGAGCCUUUUUGGCCCAGGCUUUGCAAGAAGACAGCUGUCACUACCUGCUCUACUCUCUCAUUCUUGUCAACUCCUACCCAGUCACAAUGAGCAUCUUUCCAGUCUUUCUCUUCUCCCUGCUUCAUGCUACAACGUACACAAAAAAAGUCCUCGACACAAUGGGCCCUAACAGCUUGGCAUUUGUGAGGAGUUUCUUGAACAAGCUGACAGCCAACCAGCAGAACAUCUUGAAAUUCAUUGCUUGCAACGAAAUAUUCCUAAUGCCGGCCACUGUAUUUAUGUUAUUCAGUGGCCAGGGGAGUUUAUUGCUACCUUUCAUCUACUAUCGGUUUCUCACACUCCGCUACUCAUCCAGGAGAAAUCCCUAUUGCCGCACCCUCUUCACUGAGCUACGCAUCCUUAUAGAGCACUUCAUUAUGAAGCCGUCUUGCCCAGCCUUCCUCCGCAGGAUGUGUCACAGCAGCAUCGCUUUCGUCAGCCGCCUGGCACCUACAGGGGUCUGACCACAGCCUGUCCACGGAUGUUGGGAUCUCUCUCCAAAGCAACUUUCCAGCACUGGGGUGGGGAAAAAAAAGACAGUUUGCCUAUUAGAAUGUCAAGUCAAGAUGGUGUCCCUGCUACUUUCUGUCAUUAGGUUAGAGUGCAAAUCCAAGUCACAAAAACACUGAAAUCAAUUCCACCUCCGAAAAUAAGCCUCUUUGGGGAAAAUGGCAUUGUCCACUACACGUAUGUCAUCUGCUUUGAAUGUUGUAUGUUUAUUCCCCACCCCCACCCCUUAAACCAGAGUUAGGAAAAAAAAAUUGGUCAGUUGGAAUCGUUUCUGUAGUGUGAAGAGAAAUUGCAUACGCUGUAAUACUAACACUGUAAACUAAAGUUUUAUAAUGCCAAUCUGUAAACAGGUUUGGGAUGGAUAUACAAGGAUUAGGUGAUGGGAGAAGUUUAUGCUUUUGCCUGGUAUAGAUUGUGUUUCAUUUUAAAAGGUAAGAAAUCUGAAAAUAAAGUCAGUGGCUAUAAAGCAUGCAGAAUUUUUGCUUUGUUUUUAAAGAACAACAAUCUCUCAGCGUUUAAGCCGAUCUAAUGUCUGAUAUGUACAACCUGUAUGUCCUGUGCUAAUUUAUACAAAAAUGUUAUUUUUGUGUAAUAUUUUUCAGUUUGAAUUUUUUUUUUUUCAGACUAAUUUAUCUGCAUGUUAUAAUUUCUUCUGCAGUUCCACCAGUGAUUACACUCUGCAUUGUAAUGUAUGGUGCAUUAGUCUGCAGAGAGAGCGUUGCAUCAGUGGAUAUUACCUUUGGAAGGGUUGUUUGUCUGGCCAUUCUGUGUUUGUAGGCAUGGCUGAACAAAUACACAUUUUCAUUGUUUUGGAUGUCUCCAAUUCUUCCAUGGUCUAUGAUAAAACACUGUUGCUAUGAAAGUUCUGGACAGUUAUUGUGAAGUUUGGAUAGUAAUCUGUUACCAAUCGUAGAUUAUAUAAUUGCUAGUAACAGCCCUUUUUAAUGACUUGCUGGGGCUGAAGGACCAUGUUUUUGGCAAUAAACAAUUCCUGGAAAAGCUUC